GCCUCCUUGCCAUUAUCUAAAUAUUUACCUUUCUCCACAGAUUCUCCAUCAGAUCCAGCUUAGGAGUCCAGCUGGGCCGCACCAAAACGUUAAUAUUACUUCCAGUCAGAACAAUGAGUUGGAUGGUCUUUCUUCUCCCCAUAUGGUUGAUCUCAUUUUAUAUCUAAUUCCAGCUGCUGUAGCCAACUUAAAGUAAAAUCACUCACUUCCGUGUGGCAUUAAUAACCCGCCAUAUACUUCCGCUGGCCUCACCUCUCUCUGCCUCUGUGUGGCACGAAUCGCGCCUCCCAUCAGUGAGUGGGCUGCAAGGGAAAUGAGCUUUCCGUCAUCCUGCUGGCUGAGCGCACCGGAGGCGACGGACUGCGGAAAGAUGCGACGAUGCGCCCCGCAGAACCGUGGUGGGUGAAGAGAUGCGCAGCGGCCGCAGGAGCCAGAGGAGGGUUCUGUUCUGCUCUCUGAGGGAUGGGACUGGACUGAAGGCUGGUUUUACUGAUUCUGUAGCGUCAGUCGUGCAGGCCGACUGGAAUGAUGUGGUGGCGCUGAUCCCAGUUCAGGAUGCUCCGCAGGCUUCCUCUGUAAACAAUGAAGAUGUGGAAGGACAUGGAAUAAAGGACACUUAAUUACCAUUCUGGGCUGAAUACUCCGAGCCAUCUUAUAAGCAUUGUUGCUUUGACAGCUCGAGCAGCCCUGAGAAAUGUAAGUCCAGCUGACAGAGGGGUCAGCGAGGCUCAGAAGACGAAGCAUCGGCGUGGAAGAAAACAAACUCCUCAUUACCUUCACUCCCUUUGGCUGUGACAGCAGAUCAUGUAACCUGCUUCUUUCUCUGUUUUUGCUCAGAGACUUUCCAUCUUGAUGCCAGAAAAAUAGCAGAUUUUCUUUUGUUUAUCCAAAAAUUGUCAGAGGGAACUGCUAAGAUGUGAGAUUAAAAAGAUCAGCUCAUUCUUUUGGUUUUAUUGUUGUCAGAAUUUUUUAAAAGGGACCAAUUUCACCAUAACUGCAGCCAUUUCACCAUGCACAGAGUACUUUGUUUGAAUUAUUGUCCUGUAACUUUAGAGCUGCAAUGCUCUGAAUUGAAAAUAGAUUCCUGAGAGUGGCAGCGUUACUUCUCCCCAAUGAGAAUUUAAAUCAACCUGACAGGCUGCAAGAAACACCCAUAAAACUUAGAUGAGGCCAACAACAGGUACCAUGCUCCAGCAGAAUAACAACAACAACUACCCCUGCUUGAGCAUGUCAGGCUACCGCCAGGAGAUGCUUCAGAAGUGCUCCAGAGCCUCGCUGCCCUUCCCCAGCCGAGUGGACUUGGCCCUCGCUGACCUGCCUCUUAUUCGUGGCCUCCGAGCCUGGGCCCUGUGCUCCAAGAACCGCCGCAAGGCCAGUGGUCUGCUGGGGGGAGGUAAAGCCACAACAGCUCCUCCGCUGGGCAGGGGGACCUUGACGUCCUGCCCCAGGCCUGCAGACGUGCACCUAAGCGGCUAUGGACUGCCCCUGGGGCUCGAUGCCCGGCAGGGUGGAAUUGGAGCUUUGGUUACGGUUGCUACUCUGAAGACCUCAGAGGGCAGCGGGAAGACACAGACUCAAUGCCUCUUCCUCCGGACGGAGAAAGGGAGCUGUUUAUACUCAACUUCCAAGCCCAGUUAUGGUGCGUCUCCCAGCAUGGUUGGUGAAUGGCUGAGAGGAAAGAGAGGAGGUGGAGAAGGAGGAGGCACAGAGCCUCCGCCUGUAGAGGCUGGACCAAACAGGGUCAGGGUUCGAUCAGGCAGGAGGUGGAGGAAGUCUGGUAUCACAGCAGGCCGCGAGAGAAAUGCUGUGAGCAGAGAGCGGCAGCAGAGGAGCUGUACGAAGGUUGAACUUAGUGUGGAAGUAAAGCAGGAAGAGCGAAACAAAAGAGGUCCAGACAGUAAAAAAAUUCCCAGCCCACAGCCGGAUAACAGCAUUGCCAGAUGCUGCAACAAUGUUUCUCCUAAAACCUGCACUCGAAACAAUAGCUGGGAUGAGCAUGAGGGAGGUGGAAGUCCGGCAAGAAGAGCUGCAUGUGAACUGAACCUUGAGGAGAAGGCAGCAUGGAGGGAGAGCCAAAGGGAUGACGAGGAGGGAGGAGAUUCUAUUGUUGUUUUGAAUGCAUCAAACCCUGACCAAGAAUCAAACUGCACUCACAGAAACUUUAACAGCAGCUCUGAUGUUGAUGGAGAUCAAAAAAUAAAAAGAGACGAAAGACUGGAGGAGCUGAACACGCAAACUUCUUACAUGCAGGAUGACUUUAGAAAGAGAGAUGAGGAUGCAAACACGGAUGUGUCGAGGAAACAUGUGAGCAGCAGUGACUUCAUGAUGGCACUGAAUGACAGAAAGCCUGAAAAUGAAAGAAAACAAGAUACAAAGCAAGAACCAAAGAAAGAGAUGGAGCGCCCUUCUGUAGGCUUACCUACCAGAACAAAAGAGUCCUCCAUUCCUGUAGAGGGCACCAUCUGCUGUACUGAUCAGGACACUAACAGGGUUUAUUCGAAGCAGGAGAGCAACCAAAACCAACUUGAAGUUGAACUUGGCCCAGAAGCAGAUUAUAAGGGUGGGGUUGUAGAAAUACCGAUUAUUAGCAGUCUUCAGUCCCACGAACCAAACAUCACAGCUGAUGAGAGCAACACUGUGAGUGAGGAAACCAGAGAACUUCAUAUUUUCCUGAAACGUGAGGAAAACAACAGCCUGCAGGAGGAGAAAAGAGUUUUGUAUUUGCCUGUCAGUCAGAGAGCUCUCUCUAUUUGUGAGAACUUGAAGGGGAGGAUUGGGAAACUAGAGGAUGAGUGCACCUGCAGCAAGCUGGAUGAUGGAAACAGUGAUGAAGAACAGCAGAGGAGUGGUGCUUCAGGGGAUGACUGGGGCUUACAGUCAUGCAGGGAAAAAGAGGGAGACACUACAACAUGUGUUGAAACGAAUGGACAGAAACACACCCUGGUCUCUAAUGGCGCUGAUCCCCCCACCUCUAAUCCUGCCCCUUCUCUGCCCCCCCUGGCAUCCAUGGCAACCGGCCUGCCAUUUCUGGAGGUGGAGGAGGAGAAAGGGGAGGCAGUGGGAGUGGCGCCAGGACACGAAGGAGGCAGCCACAAACAGAAAAGGAGUCAAAGGGGAGAGCCUGAGGUGAAAGCUGAGGAGGUGAGGGGCUCCACAGUGGCCGCUGAGGAAGGGAGGAAAGAGGAGGGAGAGGAGGAGGAGGAAGAUGAGUUUGGAGUCUUCAUGCAGGCAGAGGAAGAGCCAGCCUCGAGCGAGGGGGUUGACAUGUCUACCUCUGUGCCUUCUGGGAGCAGAGGGAGUAUUGCAGCACCUGGAAAGCACGCCAUCACCGGAGACGACACCUGGACAGCCUUCCCUCAGGACCUGACCAAUGAAAGUGGAGAUGUUGGGGAACAGUGGUGGUUGGCCAGCGCUGUGGAGGCAAGGAGAGAUGGACCUCUGACCCAUUACAAUCUGGUGACAGUCUUUGCAGAAGCCUUCCCCUCGUUGCCCAGUUUUUCACCAGAUGACCCCUGUGACCUGGAAGGUGUUCCCACUCUGACGCAGCUCCUCCUGGGCAAGGCCAGACAGGAUCAGGGGCUUCUGGACUCUUUCCAUGACUUGAACAAAAUGAUUGGCCAGAGCCACAAGAGAUCCAAGAGUGCAUCUCAGAACCUGCUUCUGAAGACUCUGCGACUGCAGCAGCCACUUCCUGAAAGCAGACCUACUUCCUGGACAACCAACCGCCGCCUGUCCCCUGGCCUCUCCUCGGCCAAUCAGCACGCUGCCGCCAAGAGACGGCUGUCCUACGACUACAACAGAAACACUGUGGAGUGACGCUGCAGCUUCUGCUGAGGUUGGACUGUUGAAGGCCAAGGUUCACCUGAAGGACUGCAGGUUCCUGAAGAGCGUGUGUACGAUCUGCUAUUCAAGACGCUGUCCCUCUCUUUGCACACUCUCUGGUUAAUUUAUGAUCCUGGCCGAUGAAGAGACACUGGCUGUAAAAUGGAGCGGCUGGUGUCGAUGUAGACUGGUGGAGUGUUUUUGUUUCCUUUUGUUUCUCACCACCUCCCGUCCUGACGUGACCGGGCAACCACAGCAGAUCCAAGGCACUCGCCACCAUGUUGAAAAAACAGACAAGGACAUUAAUUAUUCUCUCCAGGAGAAAUUUACAUUAAAGUAAAGCUGCUGUUUGUCUUUAUUGUGGUAAGAAAUUAUUGAUAACAAAUUAAAAGUUUGUUUGGCUGAGCUUGAAAGCAAUCACGGACAAUUGGUUAUUUGCUGAGAUAUACUCCUGAAUGAGGCAUCAGAUGGUAAAUAUGUUAGCACAGCUAUCAACCAACCAGAUGAGUGGCUUAUGCCUUGGGCCGGCUGUUUUAUUUAAAACAUAAUGCAGAGAAUAAUCGUCUAAAACUACUGAUGGAAAUAUGUCAAAACAUUCAGUCUGUGUUGUUUUUGUUUAAUUAGAUGGAAAGAAGUGACACCAUAGUGCUUCUCUGUAUUAACAUGGAGGCUUGAGCCUUUGUGGAAGCUGGUAAUACUUAUGCAAACAUGCACUCGUCAGAUUGACAACUUCCCCCUGUUUGUCAUUGUUUCUUAAAUGCAGCAGGAACCUGCAGUGGAACGUAUCCCCGCUGAUCUCCAACAUCUUCUGGAUUCCUUCACACUUAAAAAUUUCUCCCACUGAGUAGAGCUGAGCAUUAUUUUGUGGCAUUCAGUGCUGUCUAUGAAAACAAGUCUGAUACUGUUUUUGUUUUACAUUUGUUUCAAAUGCAUGUGAUAUUAUUGCCUUUUACCUGCAGAUAAUGACAUAAAGGAACCUGGAAAUUGUUGUGGUUCUUGAAAGAAACAGGUUUGUCUUCCAGUUAGUGCCAUCAGGAGCACCAGUGAAAUGUGCCAAUGUUCACGAGGUGACACGGGCAAAGCAGACCCUUUCAGGAGAUGUUGGUUUCGAAUGAACCCUGAAGUGGGCCUUAAAACAGCAUGUUUCUUUGUCAGUCUGCUGCCUUUUCAGUUUCUCACUGCUGAGUCCACAUCCCGUGCAAAACCCGAAUCUAGCUGCCAGUCGAAGCUAAAAUGUCCACCUUGUUUAUGACUCUGCACCAUGUUUUUAGUUUUGACAGGCACAUACUUUCUUCUCCCUGCUGUAAACUCCGGUUUAUCAGCUCAGUCAUUUGUGAUGAAACUCCUGAGCAAUCAUGCUUGUGUGUGCCAUUUGUACAGCCUCUAAGAUCCUGAAAAGAUGAAUAUUUUCUGAUCUGUUCCAGCCAGGAUGAUAGGGCUGUCGCCUCAACAACUGACGUAAUAAAAGGAUAAUGCGUUUC